UUUGGGCUUUAUAAGCUCUUCCAGAACAGCAUUUACACACACACACUGAAUGCAAGUUUCUACCUGCAGAGGAGAAUCCACACUAACUGCUGAAUCCUGACCUAACAAGAUAAGGUUCAAAGCAACAAACUCUGUCGUGGAGCAAUGAAGGUUUAUCAGAGCAUCCUACUACUCUUCUGUUGCCAGUUUCUUAUCACUCUGGCUUUAGACUGUACCGUCAUGAGCGGUAACCUGAAGCAGAUAGAUGCUGGGUCGGGCUCAGUGGUUGGAGUGAACGCUCGAAAUGAAAUAUUUGUCCUGAUUGAUAAUGUCUUCACAAAGAUCAGCGGGUCUUUAAAGCACUUCAGUGUUGGUCCUGCUGGUCAGCUGGGGGUGAAUUCAGCAAACAACAUCUUCAAGUAUCAGAGUGGUUCCUUCGUUCAGAUUCCAGGGCUUCUCAAACAGGUGGAUGCUGGAGGUGAUCAGAUCAUUGCAGGUGUCAAUAUGAAUGAUGAUAUAUAUUGCUUAAAUAUGGAUGCUAACAACAACUGGCCAUCCAGCACUACUCCAUGGGUUAAUCUUAAUGGAAAGCUGAAGUAUUACAGCUGUGGCCCAUACAGCUGUUGGGGAGUGAGCAGCAAUGACCAAAUCUACAUCAUGAGGGAUGUGUCUAAUAAUGCCUGUUCUGGGUCCGGCAGCUUUGUGAAUAUUCCUGGACUUCUGUCCAUGAUUGAAGUAGCAACUGAUGGCAGUGUCUUUGGUGUCAACUAUCAAGGGAACUUAUACCAAAGAAUUGGUGUCACUCGCUCCAACCCUUCUGGCACAGACUGGCAAGCAAUGGUUGCUUGUCCCAACGGCCACAAACACGUCAGCUUUGACCUGGGAGUGCUGUGGGUUGUGUGUGUUGAUGGCUCCAUCCGUAAAUGUACUUUAUAGUCUAUCACUUUAACGACAGAGGAGCUCAAUCAUUGAAAAAAUCCUCAAAAUAAUCAGUCAUUGUUAAUAGAAAACUGAAAGCCUGAUUGUACUUUCUUUUCUUCUUUUUCUUGCCAUUGAAUGAAUAAAGCAUUAUGAAAGCAUC